AUGUCCUGGAAAGACUCCAAUUGCCAUAAUCGCAUUCUGCGCGAUGCUGAAAAUGGCCGCUACGGCGUCAUCGCCGCGAUUGCCUACAACAUUGAGCAGAUCCUGGGACUCGUCCGAGCUGCAGAAACUGCCCGCUCGCCACUGAUAAUCCAAUUUUUCCCUUGGGCUAUCGAGGCCACAGAUGGUAUGCUUGUGCGUGCCGCUGCCGAUAUUGCGAAGCGUGCAAAUAUUAUCAAGCGGGCAGCGGACCUCCCAUUUGACAGUAUCAUGGUGGAUAUGUCACAUUACGAGAAGGAAAUCAAUCUGAAAAUGACUCAUGAGCUGGUACAAUAUUGCAAUGAGCGCGAAAAAUCGACUGAAGCCGAGCCAGGUCGAAUUGAAGGAGGGGAGGAUGGUGUUAUGGAUACUGUAGGAUUGGAAGUAUGUAUGACAACUGCUGAAGAGGUAGAUGAGCUCGUCUCUACAGGAGUAGAUGUACUUGCCCUUUCGUUUGGUAACGUUCAUGGUGAAUAUGGUCAGCGCAGCCCGCAACUGGAUUUCGAAAGGUUUGAGAGGAUUCGUGCUCAGGCAGAUGGAAGAGUUCAUUUGGCCCUUCAUGGAACUAACGGAUUCGCCCCGGAGCUUUUGAAACGUUGCGUGGCUGCUGGUGUGACCAAAAUCAAUGUAAAUCGAUUAGUCUUGGAUGAUUAUUAUGAUCACCUCCACGCGAAUGUGGAAAAGAUCCCACAUACCCAGCUCAUGAAAGAGGGUAUCCAGAAGGUGGCAGAUUUGACCAUCAAAUGGAUGGAUAUUUGCGGAUCGGCUGGGAGGGCCUGA